GUAGCUCUCAGGGAUUAAGGACAAAGCAAUGUUGCAAGCAGACGUGUUAAUGUUUAUGUUUUUCCGCCUUCUCUUUACAUAACUUCUUUCACUCUUAUUAAUCAUCAUGACUUGUGAGAAUUCUUUAAAAUCAUUUUAAGCAUAUCUGAAUUUUCUUCCAUGUAUGUUAUUCAUAGACUAAUCAUCUUUAUUAAAAAUCUAUAAAAUAAAACAAUAUUUUCUAAGGGUCUCAAUCAGUUUUAUUUAUUUAACGGUUAUCGUUUGAUGAAAUAUUUAUCUCUAAAAGAGUAGAUAACGGUGAUUGACGACAAUUACCGAAAUUAAAUUAUCUUUCACUUUCUUACAAAACAUUUCUGUGGCAUAAGGUUCAUUUUAAGCACAAAAACAAUUCCUACCAGAUCUAUUUCUUGGCCAAAAAGCUAGAGAAGAAUAUGAAUUCUAAGGAUACAAAUUCGAAGGAUCUUUUCCAAGCCUUUCUGGAUAACAAGCAAUACAGCAGAAAUGGUGUGCGUCGAUAUGAAUGGAUCUUCGGAAAAACAUUCCUCAGCACUGGUGGAAUGACAACAACCAAGAAAUAUGUAUCAUUAUUGGACUUAAAACCAGGACAAAAAGUACUGGAUGUUGGUUGUGGUAUCGGAGGUCAUAGUUUCUACAUGGCCGAGAAACAUGGCGUGGAAGUUUUGGGAGUUGAUUUAUCUGUAAAUAUGAUGACUGUAGCCACUGAAUAUCUUUCAGAGAAACCACAGUUAGCUGACAAAGUAAAGUUUGUUAUCUGUGACGUCACACGUUCAAUUUACGAUGACAACGCAUUUGAUACAAUCUACAGUAGAGAUACACUCCUUCACAUUCCAAACAAAGAUGAAUUGUUCACAAAUUUUCUGAAAUGGUUGAAGCCUGGUGGAAAAAUUCUCUUUACUGAUUAUUCUAGGAGUGAAAAAGAAAUUUCACCGAAUUUUGAAGCUUACAUAAAGGACAGGGGAUAUAAUCUACUUACAACAAAUCAGUACAAAGAACUUCUAGAAAAAUGUGGAUUCAUAAAUAUACGCUCAGAAGAUGCAACAGAUGAAUUUCUGAGUGCUUUGCUUGCUGAAUUAAAUAAAUUACGUGAUGAAAAAGAAAAUUUCUUAAGCGAAUUCUCGGAGGCAGAUUACAAGUAUUUAGAGGAGAACUGGACAGCAAAGAUCAAACGAGUAACUGAAGGAAACCAAACGUGGACCGUCUGUUACGCAGAAAAGCCUCUUUAAGUCUUCAAACAAGUGACAUUGUCGAUGCCAAACCCACACUGUGAAUGUUCCAAAUAAAUUUAUUUUAAAAUAA